GCUCUGCCAUAGGAAUAUGGGCUGGCGCAAGAAUGCGUACUGUUUAUACAUAAAUUAGUGAAGGAGUUUAAGGUGUUGUAAACAUGUAUUCACUCAAGAUGGUUCACAGUCUAAAUAAGGAGCGUACCCUGGGCAAGAAAGGUGCCACAGGAGUUACUGGUGGUUCCGGUAGAGGCCACACUGGGACGAAGUGUGAGGCCCGGCAGAUACCGAGUAGCGGCGGAUCUGGAAGUGCAUUGGUCGCCGGCCACUGGGUGGGAAAUAUGGAACCCCAAGAAAUACAUGCUGUACACAGCUGCCCCUCCAACUUCAAGUACACUGGAACACAUGAGACUGGAGAACCGUGGGGAUUUGAACCUGGCCCCAGAGGAGCUGUAGGUCUUUGCCUCUGCUGUCACAACCAUGGCAUCGCUGCCCAAACUAUGGGCCAGGAGCAUGUCUGCCUCUUCCACGCCUGUCAGUGUCACAACUCUGUCUUUUUCUUGGAACCUUGCAAGGCCUUGCCUACUAUGACUACCCUGAAGAGGGAACAGGGGGCACAGAAUCACCUGACUCUUGGUAUGAUCAAGAGCAUGGCUAUUGCUCCCAGGACUCACCUCUAUGUCAAGAAUAUGGCCAUGGAAGCAGCAGUGCACCAUGGGAAGAUGAACACUAUGCCCCAGCCACAGGCCUGCCCUUGCUACAUCCCCAGUCAGGGGAUACCCCCAGGGAUGUUGCUGUUAAGCCAUCCGCCAGAACUUACAUUUCUGCCCUGCGCUCCAGUGACCACAGAGCCACCACAGAUGUUUGCUAUUUGUGGUCAGCCCCAUGGGCCCACUCUUCUGCCUGGCACAUGCUCAAGACUGAUCCUUCAGCCUUGUGCCACCCUUGACCCUCGUCUACUGCAGCCACAGGUUCUGGGGAAGGUCCAGAAAGGCUCUGAGCAAGAUGUGGUUGCUGCCUCCGAGUGUCAGCGGAAGCUGGAGGCUGCUGAGGCACUGUUGGCUCUGAAAUACUCUCGCCCAGUGCCAACUGACUCCACCACUCUGGCCCAGCCCUGUGGCCCUCCAGCUCCUGCUGGAGAAAGAACACUGCAAUCUCCCAUUCCUGCUGAGUGCCCCAGGCCAGCCACCUCCAACUCACUGCCUGGUGGACAUCUGGGCUGCAUCUGAGUUAGGAUCCCAAAGGAUGAGGCAUGGUUAGAGCUGCCUAUAUGAUUUGCUGUUUUGAAUUGCACAAUCAUUAGUGCUAAAUGAGGAACAUCAUUUGUUAGAGCAUUUUUUAGACUUCAGGCAUUUUUUAGACUUGCAGAGCCUUAUUAA